AUGUCCCACAACGCCAAUCCAGCUGGCUUGGUCUUGCGCUGCAAAGUUUGGGAAAAAUUGGUUGGUGGUGACAACUUGACGCUUCAGUUAAUGAUGGACGUCACUUCCAAAGACGAGUGGUGCACUUGUGAACCAAUAUACGAGGAUGAAGCUGUAAUUGUUGAAGGACACGGAAGUUAUCCACCAAGAGCUGGCCAAGGUUUCAGACGCAGCAGCACAGAUUCGGAAUCGUCUCACUCCAGCUCAACCAAAUGA